CUCUGCACACCUCAGCUGUGCAGAGAGAGAGAGGCAUUAAAAGGCUCCUGGUUCUCCGCCUUCCUCAAACAGUUGAGGCAGCACCGAUAUUUACCAAGCAUGCCAUGUAUUCAAACUUCUAAUAGUAACUGAUAGAAGCUGGUAAGAAGUAGGCUACGCGAAAGAACGACUGGUGAACUACUUAAUGACAUGAUAGUCUUGGGGAAAGUGAACUUGUCAGGAGGAGUCCAAGUUGCCUUCUGUUGGGACAUUGCCACCGAGGGAAUCCAAGAAAUGAAAACCAUCUCGCUGCACUGAUACGGUGUCGCCGCAGCAGGAACGUGCCAAUUUCCUUUUUCAACACAAAUGACUGAUGAGAAAGUAGGCUGCUGUUUUCCCCCCUCAGUCAUUUACAGAAGGAGCGUGGUGACGAGGGGUCAUCCUUUACUCUUUUUCCUCUUCAUCGUUUGCAGAAGAUAACUGUUACCUGGAGACAGUAAAUCUGACUUUUCCAGCCCACGUGUGUUGAUGGUUUUGGGUUUUUUUUGUUGCAGAGACUAAAGCUUAUAAACGUCAAAGUCAUCUUCAGCAAGCCAUUAUGAAAUGGGAGAAGUUAAAGCCUCCAGAGCCAGAUGAUCCUAUGUGUUGCUGUGAGUGUGAUAUCGACCAGUACGGAUGUUGCUGUGACUGUGACGAUCUGGAUGAAGCCUUUAACAGGUGGCUGAAAGACGGACCCCCUAAAGGUGCAUGUCAGUCCCCUGUACGUGGGGCCAUCGUUGGCAAACUAGAGAUCUCUAUGAUCCCGGUCCUGGUGUUGCUACCUCUGCUGCUGCGGGUUGCAGCGCUGCACUACCUGCUGGGUAUCAUCAUCCUGACAGCUGUGCCCGGCCUGGUGCUUUGGUACUACUACGCCACGCACAGGAAGAAGAGACGCACCCUCUUCUUCCUCACCCUCGCCCUCUUCUCCCUGUUCUACAUGUAUUACCUCUUCAUCACAGAGAUUUUACCUCGUGGAGACGUCAGCCAGCUGCAGCAGUGCGCUGUGACCGCUGGGGUGAUUCUCACUGUAGUGUGUCUUAUUCACACCAAGAGGGGCCCAGGAGUGGUGGCCACUUCCCUACAUGAAGCACACGGUCAAGGUCAGGAGGCUAACAAGGACUCCGCACAACAUAAUGUAUCUAUCCAAUCAGCAGCAUCCUCGGGGAUUGCAACAGAUUUGCAGACAACUAAAGAGGCCCUGACAGCAAAAUGGAGUACCUGUCCUGUGUGCAAAAUAAUGCGCCCCCCACGGGCCGGACACUGCCGAACCUGUGGAUCAUGUGUCCGGCGUCUGGACCACCACUGUAUCUGGUGUUGUAGGAUAAACAGCUGUGUUGGACAGGCAAACCAUCGCAGUUUCCUGCUGACCCUGUCUGUGUUCCUGUUGACCUCUCUAUAUGGCAUCAGUGUGGUGCUAUGCAGCCUCUGUCCUCGACAGCAUCUAAUGACAGCUCUCCUCUACUGCCCCGGCGUCUACAGUCAGUCCAGCAUGGCCCUUUGCUUCACCUGUGCUUGGUACAGCAGCAUUGUCACGGCUGGACUUCUUUUUCUGUUGGUGGUACAAGUUCUGAAUAUCAGCUUCAAUGUGACGGAGCGGGAGGCUCAGCUGGCUCUGAGGAACAAAACAGGCCAGAGCCGCCUGUGGGGACUCGUCAUCGACACAGGAGAGUAUUCACGUGGCUUCUAUCAAAACUGGGUUGAGUUCCUCACCAUGGCACAUGCCUCGGUUUCUCCUCGCGCCAGUCUCACUGACUUAGUAUAGUUUCCCUUGGUACUCUCCAUUCACGUCAUGAUAACAGCCUGUUUAAACAGAAUGCUUGAAGAAUUACAUCUCAUGUAUUACUUAGGAUAUAUCAGCUGAUAUCUUCCAAUGCUUAUUGCAUUCAAGCCUCUUCAUACCACACUUUAAAAAACUAUUGUAACUCCAAGGUGCUGAUGACUGCUUAAAAACUACACGUUGAUAAUUGUUUUUGGGUUGGACGUUGUUGCACAAUUUAUUUAAGGAAAUAAAGAACAUACAGGCAGCCACAAAGGAUCAUCCAUAUGACUGUAUAUAUUUUCUCCACCUGCAGAAUGUGAUCAUCUAUUUAAGCUGUCUGACUGAAUUCAAAAUGUUUUGACCGCAUGCCAUUUAAACAAUGAAAGAAACAACAAGGUCAAGCAAAUAAAGAACAACAGCACGCUUUCGGCUCCGUGUCUCAGGUAUCUAUCUGCCUUUGGAUGCCUCCCUGUGGAGAUCCUCUGACUCAAACUGGGAGAAAUACCAUGUAAUGCCUCCCAGCACUUUAAUCAAAGCUGUUCAUUCAGCAUUCGAUAAAACAAGACAGGCAUGGAACUAGAGCGCUGCAUCUGACCCCUGUGGUGUGCAGUCAUAACUUCCUGGAGCAGCGUCAGUAAUUCUUUACUGUUACGACUGAUGCGAUCUGUAUUAACUUAAUAUUCUCCUCUGCAUUGCUCUGUGUUAUUGAUUUUUUUCUAACGUUGCUGUCUGAUAGUGCCAGUGGUGCUCCUUUUAGACCGCCCCGACCUGCACAUUUUAAGACAUGCUGAGUGUGUUUCUGUAAAUAAUCAAUUACAGAUAUUAUUAAUUUAUAUUAAGCUGAACGCCACAAUCCAUAAUGUAUAACAUUUAAUGUGUAUAAGUAAAUCUAUUCACUCGUAUAGCAUAAUAAACAGC